AUGCUCUUAUGUCAUUUCGAAGCUGUCAUCAACGUCGCGACGGUACCGCGCGAGCGCAGUUCUCAAUUAAGAGCGGGCAACACCGGCCAAUCAGCGGCCAGUUCCCUUAUCUAUGGUGCGUUUAAAUCAAUACCCGCUGGCAACUUUGUAGCGGCCUUCGGGUAUUUGUCGGAGGCUUUACGCUGCGCCGCGUUAUCGUCCCCACAAAUUGCAAUUUAUACGCGCCUCCGCGGUCCGAGAGCUGCGAGGGAAACCAGCACGCAAAACCACUACGGCUUCGGGAUCGCUUACAAAAGACCGGUGUCCGAAGCUAAU